AUGUCCAACGGCCGCCCGUCCGAGCCGAUCUCCGUCCCCGAAUCGGACAACCGCCGUCGGCGCGGUUCCAUCGCCGACCUCUUCUCGAAGAGAGAUUCUUCCGCCAACCAGGCCGCUGCCAACCAGGCCAACCAGCAGCGGCGACUGUCCAUAACCACGCUCGGAUUGUCCGGCUCACCCACCCAGGCUUCCACCUUUGGAAACCGGGGCAUCCGUCGAGGCAGCCUUUCCAGCUCGUGGGGCAGUGCUCCCAACGAAGACGCAAUGGCAGAGGAUGCCGAAGGCUCUCCUCCGAGCGCUAGCCCCAGCUCUCCGUUCGCCCGACGGGUCUCCUUCGGGGCUCAAGCGCUGCGUGAGGCUCGAACUGGAAGCAUUGGCAACGGUAGAUAUCCCCCCGGUUCAUCCUCCACGGCUGGUGCGCGUCCGCCUCCGGCCACGGCCGCCUCCAGCUCCAAACCCCGAUCUCCCGCAAGUACCUCAACGACUCCCCAAGAUGAGAGAUCUAACGCAUCGCGGCGAUUAGGCGAAGGCUUCAACUGGUCCGAGGCCCUCCGCUCCCGUGCCGAGCGUGCCCCUUCCCUCGGUGGCCCCGUCUCCCCCCAGAGCCAUUCCGCUACCCGCCAGCCUGGCCACCAGCGUGCCGCUUCGAUUGCUUCGAUGGAGCAACCCGUGCGGGAAAUCCCCAAGCAGCCCAAGCAGAAUAAGCCCGAUUUCUUCCAGGAGAAGAUCUUGCGAGGUGACUUUAUGGACUAG